GUACUGGACGCAGCCAGACGUCACUUUGGCCUUGACGACUUGGGAGUGGACGUGCGGCGGUGUGAUGCUAUGGAGGUGCUCCAAAAGGACAAGCAGCAGUUUGAUGUCGUUAUCGACGACAUUUUUGUCGGGUAUGCACGGAGUGUGCACAAACCAAGAUGGAUGCUGCAGCGUGGCUUGCGCUUGGCUGCGAAGCAUGUGCGGCCAG